AUGUCGGGCUCGGGCGACGCAAAACUCUGCGGCUAUGUUCAUAUUAGCGUCGAGGAUGGGAAAACAUGGCGACAGGGUGAGCACAUGGGAAGGCCACCGAGCUGUUUCCGUCAGAAUGAGUGUAAUUCAGGAGUAAAAGUUGGCCCUCACUGCUCUUUGGACGUCAGAGACGCCCUGACCGCGCUCUUAAGCUUCUCCUUCCCGCUGAGUCAGGUCCUUCAAUUCAAAUGGUUCAAGUACCCGGACCAGCAAGCCAAGUCUCUCCUUGGGUUGCCGCUGGAGUUAUUCUCGGCGGCCAAAACGGUCCAGGCUCCUAAUGAUCGGGACUGUGGCCCCCUACAAACCACCCCUGUCCGUCAAAUUUCUCGCUGUUAUGAGGAGGACCGUUGCAGAAAUCCUUUCGCAAUGUCAAACGAUUCUAACUUGGGGGAGCUCAUUGACGGCAGGAAUCGUGCUCAAAAUGGCGACCACCGCCGGCUGCAAGCUGAGAUCUCUAAUACUGACCGUGGGCGACAAAUGAUACGUGAGAUUCAUGAGGGUGAUUUCGCAACGGGACUCAAGCGACAGCGCAAGUAUGAAGACCCCGAGGAUCCCGAGGACCCCGAAGAUAGGUUACUGCGGAAAUUCGGCUUAAAGGCAGAUUAUACGGGUGGUUCUAUGAAUGAGCCCAACUUGGGAAGCGAGAUCUCACUUCCAUGUACCGAUUGCAAAUCACUCCGACACCCGCAAACUACCAAUGCUCAACAACGGGACCGGGGAAUCGUCUCUCCGAGACAAACAGAGGUAGUUGUUCGAACAAAUUCAGAUGUAAGGCCAGAAGCUGGAUGA